CAAUGCAACAAUAUCUUAAAUUGUUCAAUUUUCUAUGGCGUUUAAAACGCGUUGAGCAUGAUUUAUCAACAGCUUGGCGUCGUAAUAUGACUAGUGCAAGAAGUUUAUAUCAAAUUAAAAAGGUUAAAAAAGAAAUAAUUACUAGUAGAUUAGUUUGUAGUGAGAUGAUACAUUUUGUGUAUCAGUUACAAUAUUAUAUUUUAUUUGAGGUGAUCGAAUGCUCUUGGGAUGAACUUGUGACUGACAUUAAUAAAAAAUCCGGGGAUUUGGAUUCUCUUAUCGAGGCUCACAAUAAAUAUUUGACAAAUGUUACAACAAAAAGUUUUCUAGGCACGUCAAAUAAUCAGGAUGAACUUCAUAAUUUCGCUUUGAGAGAUUCUAGAGAUUCUGAUAUGUCAAAUCCCGAGAAAAUUCGGGGAUAUUCCGCUA